UCCACCAUUUCAUCACACACAAAAAUCCCCAUUUCCCAAAUUUCAGCCACACACUAAAAUCUGGUGAUCGGAAAAUGGCUCGUACCAAGCAAACAGCUCGCAAGUCCACCGGCGGCAAGGCCCCUAGGAAGCAACUGGCAACAAAGGCAGCAAGGAAGUCUGCUCCGGCUACCGGAGGCGUGAAGAAGCCUCACCGUUUCAGGCCCGGAACGGUGGCUCUCCGUGAGAUCAGGAAGUAUCAGAAGAGUACGGAGCUCCUGAUCAGGAAGUUGCCUUUCCAGCGCCUGGUCCGUGAGAUUGCACAGGACUUCAAGACUGACCUCAGGUUCCAGAGCUCCGCUGUAGCGGCGCUUCAGGAGGCGGCUGAGGCUUACCUCGUUGGGCUUUUUGAGGACACUAACCUCUGCGCCAUCCACGCCAAGAGAGUCACUAUCAUGCCCAAGGACAUUCAGCUCGCAAGGCGCAUUAGAGGCGAGCGCGCUUAAGGUCUGAAUAGUUUAGGGUUUGUGUAGAUAGUGGCAGUGUUUUAAUGUGGUUCGUUUUGGAACUGUUAUUUUGUAAGAUCUUAAUGGUGUAAAAUCUGUUUAUCAAUGGCAAUGCUGCUUUCUUUA